UUGAAAAAAAAAAUUCCAGAAAUUCAAAAAAAUAUAAAAAUAAUUAAAAGAUCGUCGCUAAAACACAGCGUGUGCAUAAAACCAUUCAACAAAAUCUUUCACCCUCCACACACACACACUGACUUGUGUGUGCGCUCUAAUCCAAUUAACCCCAACCACUGCGUGUCUGUCCAUUUGUGUGCGUGUCUUAGCACAACGGUGACAAAUAUCGCCACCCAUCAACCAACAACCGAUAGUCAACAGUAGUGUCACCGCUUUUGUAUUGCUAUUCAUUUCACUUCUAAUAAAUCCAACGGCAGGCAGCUACUAUCUACGUACACACAAACCCACACAGAGCCACAGCGACCAACUUUCUUUCCAAACAAACAACGUUGAAUCUCGUCACCAGCGUUGUGUUGCUGCCAAUCAAUCCAAGAGUCACGUUUAAAAUCAAUAAAUUUCUUUGUUUACUUAGUCGCUUAGUCGUCGUCGUCGCUAGUCAGCGUUAGUCAGUGCAGUCGUCAUCAUGUUGAUUGGAUUAGUACGCGAUUCGGUGAUGCAGUGCUUCUGCCAUACAUGCCGGGCUCCCAUUUUGCCAGCUGUAUCGCGGAGAUCAGCACCCAUUAAGAAGAACAAUAAAAUACGCUCAAAACAGCCGCGUCUUUCCAAGAAAGUGAAAUUUAUCACCACUGAAAUUCGCUGCCAGGAGAAAUCGCGUGGCGGUCUUAGCUAUGAAGUGAUUCUGGCCGAACCAGCACCCAAUGUGGUAGUACCCAAGCGUCCAGUGACACCUGGUAAAAAUGUGUCAGCCGAGGAGAUCGAGCAAAAGCUGAAAGCUGCCGAAGAGCGACGCAUUUCUUUGGAGCAAAAGAAAAUGGCCGAUUUAUCCUACAAACUGUCGAAAAUCGAGGAAGCCACACGCAAAAAGGAUGAAAUCGCCAAUGAGUUCAUCAAUCAGACCAAGGAGAAGUUGGAAACUAAAAUCGAACAGCAUGUUGAGAAGCGCGAAGCCAUUAUUAGCGACAUGAAGGAGAAAUUGAAGAUUCACUCACAAGAAAUUGAGAAGACACGCGAACAAUUGGAACAGCAGAAAUCUAUUGAGAAAGUGGCCAUUGAGGAGAAAUUGAAAACAGCUCAAACUUUGCGAGAUGAGAACAUCAAAAAGAUGCUGGAACGUCUUAAGGAGCAUGAACGUCGCGCUGAAUUGGUGCGUCAGAAUAAGGCGGCAGCACAGCAACCGUUAUGUGAUGAUACCAACACAGCUAUUGCCUCAUCUGGUUAGAGCGACAACAGCAACAAGAACACAAAAACAAUAAUAUUUAUAAAAGAAACGGCACACAUACAUAGAAAACAAGAAAAACAAACAGUAACACACAAACAGAGCAAAAGAAAAUCGCAACAACAACAAUAACACUAAAGAUGAAUGAUAGCGGGGUUGGAGGAGGCGUUUUGCGGAGAGAAAACCUAAUGUGCGACAGGAUGAACCUUGGGCGCAUAGCAGGGUAACGGUAGAAAAUUGAGCAGCAUACAAAACUCUGGCGCAGCUUAAGAGCACUUAUGUAAUAUUGCAAAAAAAAAAACAACACUAACAACUUAGCAUAGGAAAUGCGACUAAAAUUUCGAGACGAAACCAGCCGUUGCACAACUUAAAUGAUAUUUAAAAAAUAUAUAAAGCAAAGAAGAAACGAGUAUAACUGCAGCAGUAAUAAAUGAAAUGGAAAAAAAUAUAUAUUAAAAAAAAUCAUACAAAUUAUUUAAAUGAAGCGUUUUCACAACACUCUUGCAUAUAGAAGGAAAAACAAUAAAAAAUACAUACCUAUGUAAUGAUUAAAGAUGAUAUGCCGCAGAAAAGCAACAGCAAAAAACCAUAAUUCAACACUCGUCAAAGGCAAAACCAGCAAAUUCAGCAGAAAAGAUAACCCACUUUAUAAAUUAUAAUUAUCAUUAAUAAUAUGUAAAAUGAAUGAGCUGCAGCAAAACAUACAUAGAGAAACACACUUUACUAUUCGAAGAUAAUUGAAGCGAAAGCAUAAACAUUAAACGCAUUAAAAUAUACAUAUAUUCUCAUUAUUAUUAUGAUUAUAAAUUAAAAUUAUAUUUUUAUUAUUAUUAUUACUAUUACGAUUAAUUAACUGAUUUAUUGAUUAAUUGGUGUCUUUCGAUUGAUUCACAAUUUAUAAUUAUAUUUCUUAUUACUAAUAAAAAGAAAAUUAUGCAAAAUGAAUGAUAGAAAUGAUUUGUAAGCAAACACACAAACACACACAAGUGGCGCAAGCGCUCUUUUUCAGAUAUUCAACAAAUACUCUCUCUACUUAAAAUAAAUAUAAUCGCAAGAAAAGCAACAACAGCUAAUAUGAAAAGAAACAAAACCAAAAAAGAAAAAAACACAAAAACAAAAAUAAAAAUAACAAAAUUUGACAUUUAUUGAAGGAGGAGGAAAAAACGCAUUAAACGAUGUUAUAGCCGUUCGAAAUGGGGGCGAUAUAGGGGAUUUUUUGUAACUAAAUAGAUAUCGAAGUGGAAAAUAUAAAAAAUAAAUACAUACAUAUAUGUAAUUGGGGUUUAAAUGAUUUUAAAUGACUUGCAUAUUGAAUAUGGGUUUUCUGUAAAAUUCAUUUGUCAUAUUUCUGUCUGUGUGUAAUGCCAUGUAUUAUAUUUAUAUAUUAUUCCGCAGGAACUAUAAACACAUAUAAUAAUU